AUGCAUCGCCUCGGGAAAAGAUUAGUCCGCCCUUUGCAACAACUCUUCCAAUCCAAACAGAGCCUAAGUCGAUCAAGUCCAAUCUCUCCUCUUGCUUUUAGGAAGGAAUUGGUCGCGUUUAACUCUGUCGCUGUGGAAAACGAUAUCGAUAAUCGCCAAUUGCAUGUCAAAUGGGAUGAUGGAACAACCAGCCGUUUCCCGCAUAUUUACCUCCGUGACAAUUGCCAAUGCCCAAACUGCUUCCAUCCGUCAGCAAAACAACGCAAUAUCAGCGACACCAGUGUUCUCGAUGCCUACGAUGUUGAUACCAAAGCAUCACAAGCUCAACUCCAUCCCGAUCGUCAAGAAAUUGAGAUUAAAUGGGAUAAAGAUAAUCAUGUGAGUGUAUUUGAUACAAAUUGGUUAAAAAUGAGACGAUUUCCUACCGAUCGUGACCAAGUGGGUCAUAAAAUAGUUUAUUCAGAUCGUCGAUUGUGGGGUGGUGAUUUAAAUGGCGAUAUACCAACUACGGAUUUUAAUGAAAUUCUCCAUGACGAUCUUGCGCUAUACAAAUGGCUGAAAAAUCUAGCUAGAGUUGGCUUAACGUUGGUUAAGAAUGUACCUAAAGAAGUAGGACAAGUAGAACGCCUAGCAGAUAGAAUUGCCUAUUUGAGAGUUACUAAUUACGGGCGAACUUUCACCGUAAAAUCGAAGCUUGAUCCUAGCAAUUUGGCUUUUACGGAUAAAGGCCUGGCUUUGCAUACUGAUCUACCAUACUUCGACUUGGUUCCUGGGAUUCAGUUCCUUCACUGUGUUCAGCAAGCUGCUGGUGGAGGAGGUGAAAAUCAAUUCGUUGAUGGCUUCAAUGUUGCUGAAGUGUUAAGGAAAGAAAAUCCAUACUAUUUUGACCUACUUACACAACAUGCAUUUGUUUUCUUCGAUAUCGGAAAUGAUUAUGUCGAGUAUAAUCAGCUCAAUCAUCAUCCUCUUAUAACAUUAAAUAGCCGUAAUGAAGUCAUUCGUUUCGUGCAUAAUAACCAUGCAAGAAGUUCCAUACUGGAUGUACCUGAAGAUAAAGUAACUGAUAUCUACCGGGCAUUCCGUGCAAUUGUACACAUAAUGUAUGAUCAAAGCAAUUUAGUCACUAACAAGAUGGAAUCUGGAGAGAUGGUAGUAUUUGAUAAUUGGCGAGUUUUACACGGUAGAUCACCCUUUCAGCUAACAGCCGGAGGUAAUCGUCAUUUAGAAGGUUGCUUCAUCGAUUGGGAUGAGACCACGUCACGCAUGAGAGCAAUUGAAGAGAAACAAAAAAUGCAAAACUUUACUGGUGUUAUUUAAAUGACGGAAAUAUGAAUAAAUAGUUCUGUACUAUUACCUGCUUCGUAGGGACGGUUAUGCACUUGGCUUAAAAUGUAGUUCAAUAGGAAGUGGAAGAUUUUACCGUUUGAAUAAAAGCACUUUACUUACUAGUUCUUUAGUAUAUUAAUAUGCAUUUCAUCUCUUGUGUUAACUGAUCAUUCAUGAUAAUUUUAUUGCCAUACAUUUGUAUUAAUUUAGACAUCGACGAUAAAUUUAUCUUUUACCAUAUGGAAUGUACGUAAGCG